GUGCUGCCACUGACUCUGUGGAGGCCUUCGCCAUCGCGAAGCACGCCGUCCGCUAGCGUCGCGUCCUGACUAUCGUCACCGUCGCCGAGCCGGUUCUUCGCUGGCGGACACACUUCACUGCGUCCCUUGGUGCACGUGCUUUUCUUUCGUUUCGGUCGGGCCGAUCCUGCUGGUCGUUACUGGGAUAUCCGGCUAAAAGGACCAAAUUGGCGGGAAAUGUCAUUGUGAACGGUUAAGUGAGGUGGUUGAGAGGCGACGUAAGGAAACCGGUUGUAUUGUGAUCGCGGACAGAUAAACUAUGGAGCACCAUCUAUUCGAUCGAGACAGGGUAGGGCUACAAGAUGCCGUGCUCCUUGAGGACUACACCAAUGAAAAUGCCUUUGUGGAUAAUUUGUCCAAGCGAUUCAAAGAGAACGUUAUAUAUACUUACAUAGGACCUGUAUUAGUAAGCGUGAAUCCGUACAAAGAACUGAACAUCUAUGGACCAAAAGAUGUCAAAGAGUACAACAAUAAAGCUUUCUUUGAAGUACCACCACAUAUGUAAGUUAGUAGAUAAGUGAAACAAUAUAAACGCUAAAUAUACUGAUUUCGGCUGUACGACACAGCUAGUCAUCUCUGAACGCUCACUUGACCAAGCCUACUAUUGCGGUAUUGCGGGCUAAAACCUUCACAUCUGCAACCACUGUUCGCAAUGGUUGAUUCUGGUAAUAGAUGGCGCUUUCCGCUGUCUUAUAAUAUAAACGAUUUAAAAUCUGUCUUUUUCAGAUUUGCUAUUACAGAUACGUCUUAUCGGUCACUAAAAGAAGAAAACAGAGAACAAUGUAUAUUAAUUUCAGGUAAGUUAUUGAAAAAGAGCGUACCCAGAUCAGAGAAAGUCCAUUAGAUCAGACUAGUAUGCGGAAACAAUCAAUCUCACAUAAAACGCGCUAUUGGUUGGCGUCUACGAGUAUUAGCACCUCAUAUCGCAGAACACCUAUUUUAAUCUCUAUACGUAAAUAGCUAUUUUGUUAUCAUUGGCAAUUCCUUUCGACUUAGCUCUGUCGCCCUAUAUACCUGCAAUCUAUUUUCCAGGCGAGUCUGGUUCUGGCAAGACGGAAGCCUCAAAAAAAGUUCUGCAGUACAUAGCUGAAGUCACAGAUCACAAGGGUCAAGUAGAGAGAGUAAAGGAUAAGUUGCUGUUUUCGAAUCCUAUCCUGGAGGCUUUUGGGAAUGCAAAAACGGGCAAGAAUGACAACUCCAGCAGAUUCGGCAAAUACAUGGACAUCCAGUUCAACUACCAAGGAAAUCCUGUUGGUGGAAAUAUACUCAAUUACUUGUUGGAAAAGUCUAGAGUAAUCACUCAAAUGCCUGGUGAAAGGAAUUUCCAUAUAUUCUAUCAACUUUUGUCCGGUGCGUCACAUGAAGAACUUGAAAGACUGAUGUUGAAAAGGAAUAUCUCGACUUAUUACUAUUUGUCGCACGGGGAAAAGGUGAACAUCGACAAAAUCAACGACUCAAAAAAUUUUUGUGAUAUGAAGAAGGCUUUAAAUACGUUAGAAUUUUCUGAAGAUGAGCAAAAUGAGAUGUUUUCGAUCAUAUCUGCCAUUCUGCAUUUAGGAAAUAUAGGAUUUUCGGAAAAUGAAGGCAUGGCCCAAAUUUUAAAACCAGAUCUAGUCGAAACUGUUAGUAAGUUACUGAAAUGUGACGUGCUACAGCUAAAAAAGGCUUUAACGCAGAAAACUAUCGAAACCAUAAGGGACGUAGUCACCUCACCCUUAAAUAGAGAACUGUCAAUCUACGCUAGGGAUGCAUUAGCCAAAGCCAUCUACGAUCGAUUGUUCACAUGGUUGGUCCAACGUGUCAAUAGCUCAUUGCAACCGACUCGGAGUAAUAAUAAUGUUGUAAUGGGCAUUUUGGACAUUUACGGGUUCGAGAUAUUGGAUAAAAACAGUUUUGAACAGCUAUGCAUAAACUACUGUAACGAAAAGCUACAACAGCUCUUCAUUGACCUGACGCUAAAAUCUGAACAAGAAGAAUAUAUGAAGGAAGGUAUACAUUGGCAAAAUAUCGAGUACUUUGACAACAAACUUAUCUGUGAUCUAAUUGAAGAGAAACAUAAAGGACUGAUAUCGUUCAUGGAUGAAGAGUGCUUGAGACCUGGUGAUCCAAACGAUAUGACAUUGCUUGAAAAGCUAAACGAAAGACUGAGCUAUCAUCCACACUUUAUCAGCCAUCAAAAAGCAGACACUAAGCUUCAAAAAGAAAUGAAAAGAGAUGAGUUCAAAGUAAUUCAUUAUGCCGGCGCUGUAACGUACAAUAUAAGAGGCUUUAUGGAGAAGAACAAUGACCUCUUGUUCAGAGAUCUGAGGGAGGCUAUGACAAUUUCUAAAAACAGUAUUAUACAUUCGGUAUUCUUGGAGGCGGAACAAAGGAGUAAAAAGAGGCCUGAAACUGCCAUAACGCAAUUCAAGAAUUCAGUAAAUAAUCUUAUGAGCAUUUUGCACACCAAGGAGCCAGCGUAUAUUAGGUGUAUAAAGCCUAAUGAGGAUAAAAGAGCAGGUAUUUUUGAUAACGACUUGGUUAAACACCAAGUCAGAUAUCUUGGACUCAUGGAAAAUUUGAGAGUGAGAAGAGCAGGAUUCGCGUACCGACGUACUUACGAAAGGUUCUUGCAAAGGUAUAAAUGUUUGUCGGAGCAAACCUGGCCGAACUACCCUGGAAAUCCCAAGGAUGGAGUUCAAAUACUUGUACGGACACUUGGAUAUGACUCAGAAGAGUAUCAAAUGGGCAGGACCAAGAUCUUCAUACGACAUCCCAAGACGCUGUUCCGCACCGAAGACGUCUUCCAAAUGAAGAAACACGAAAUAGCAGCCAAAAUCCAAUCUGCAUGGAAAGGGCUGGUGCAAAGGAGAAAGUACCUGCAGAUGAAAGCAGCCGCUAUCAUGAUGCAAAAGUAUAUGCGUGGGUACUUGGCUAAGAGAGAAGCGGAAAGGCGAAAGAGGGCUGUACAUACCAUUAGAAGAUUUGUGAAAGGUUUUAUUACGAGAAACGGUGAGCCAACAGACGAAAACAAAGCAUUCCUCACUGCGGCAAAGGUACAAUGGCUGAGAAGAUUGUCUAAAGGUCUUCCAAAAGAUAUCCUUCAUAGAAAACCGUGGCCCCCUUGCCCGUACGUAUGUAGUGAAGCAUCUGCGCACAUUGAACAGCUAUAUGGGGCCCAUUUGUCUAGAGUAUACCGUUUCAACUUGACGCCUGAGAAAAAACGGCAAAUGGAGUUGAAAGUGCUCGCAGAAAAGUUAUUCAGAGGUAAAAAGAAGAACUACAGGGAUAGUAUUCCUAACCUUUUUGAAUUCGAUCGAAUUCCGGAAACCACGCUGGCGUUGAAACAAAGCUAUUCGUCACAGCUGAAUGGUGAUAAAGAAGCAUAUUCAACAAAUGUGAUUAAGUACGAUAGACACGGAUAUAAACCAAGAGAAAGAACGAUAAUAAUAAGUAAACAGAAUUUGCACGUCCUUGAUUGCAAAGGAUCUGUAAAAUUGAAGCACUGUCUACCAUUAAAAUCGCUGCGGUUCAUAGUGACCACCGAGAAUGACAAUAUACUCUUAGUACAAAUACCUGAGGAUUUAAUGAAUAAGGACAAGGGUGAUCUUAUUCUUGAAGUUCCGCAUUUGAUAGAAGCUGUAACAAUGGUAGUUGAUACUAUACAAAACCCAGACGUGUUAAUUGUUAUAGAUAAACAACACAUCGAGCAUAACAUGAAGGGCAAACACGGCACAAUAGACAUCCAAAAAGGAGAUCCACCAAAAAUCCACAGAGAUAAGAGCGGCCAUUUGCUAAUUGUUGUAUCACCGUAAAAAUACGGUUAUCAUUGAAGUGAUAUUGUGAGAAAAAAGGUGCCAUUACAUUUUAAUGCCCAUUCAGAGUGUGGAAAAGAUGCAGUCGUAUAUUACUCCAAAACGCAAACGUUAUUGUGGUUCACAGAAACAGAAAAUAUAAUAAUAUACUUCAAUAUAUUGUUGACUGCAUUUCUUUUGUCGCUAGCAUAAGUUCAAAAGAAACAAGGCAAUAUAUCAAAACAAUAUCAAGGAAUGCACAAAUUCAUUUUUUUUUUGUUGGUUACCGCAUUUGCUUUUUAUGCAUAGUACAAAGGUAUGUGCAGUGUUUCUCUGGUACUUAGUGGAUACUAGCGUAAAAAGGUGUUGAAUAUAUAAAAUUUUGUAACUGCGCAAAAGUAAUAUCUUCACUGUCUCUGAAGCUAUUGUCAAAGUACAAAAUGCAGGAGGAGUAAGUACUAAAGCUUUUUAUGCAUGUUGUGCUUUGACAAAUGUAUUCUACCAAUUAGAUAAGCCAUUGGGUGACUGAAGCUGCAGCAUGAAAUGCCUAACAUGUCGGUCCAAAACCAGCAUCUAGAAGUUUUUUAUUAAUAAUUCAAUGAGUGUCUCUAUGAUCUUUACCAAAAAUUCAACAUCUGCUAUAAAUCACUUCCAAGCUCCUUACAGAAAUAUGCAGAAGUUCUGCAGUUUCAUGGAGCUUUCGCUAUGCCUAUCUUUUAUUGUUAUGUUUCUGCUUUUCAAAUGAUGUAUGCCGUAAUCCAUAUAGUUUUAAGAGGGUAAUAUACUGUUUUUAGAAAAACA